AUGAGCGCAGACAGCGUGGAACAGUCGGAGGCUCCAGGUGAACAGGCAGACCAAAAUGGACUCAACUUCAGUCGACACAUAAAGACAGAGAACAUCCACGACUCACCCCACCUAGGCUCGCUGAAGACAUGUCACCUGACACAGAGCUCUCAGUUGCCCGGAGGUCAGCUGCCUGGGGAGCUCACGUCUCUCCACACCAUGCAGGGGCUGGUUCUGAUGCAGCAGUCCCACCUGCCAUCUCCCUCCUCCUUCCUGCUCUCCCAGAACCCCAACAACCACCAAGCCUUACUGCAGCAGAACCUGCUGUCACUUCCAAGCCAUAGUCAAACUGGUCUUCUUCAGCACCAACCUGGACUGGCUCUUACUCCACAGGCCAUGAGUCGCUCUGGUCUGGUGGGAACGUCCAUGGAGAACCACAUGGACAUGUCUCACCUGCAGAUGCCUAAACACUUGUCACUGCCACUGCAGGAGGAACCCAGUGAUCUGGAGGAACUGGAACAGUUUGCAAAAGCAUUCAAACAAAGACGCAUCAAACUGGGCUUCACUCAGGGAGAUGUGGGCCUCGCGAUGGGGAAACUGUACGGCAACGACUUCAGCCAAACCACGAUCUCUCGCUUCGAGGCUCUAAACCUGAGCUUCAAAAACAUGUGCAAGCUCAAACCACUGCUGGAGAAAUGGCUGAGUGACGCAGAGAACUCCCCCUCUGAUCAAAUGAGUAACUCCAACUCUCUGCCGCCCUUGAUGGAGGGAUACGGCCGCAAACGGAAAAAGAGGACAAGCAUCGAAACGAACAUCAAGCUGACUCUGGAGAAACGGUUCCUGGAUAACCCGAAGCCCAACUCUGAGGAGAUAACCCUGAUCUCAGAGCAGCUGGGCAUGGAGAAAGAGGUAGUUCGAGUUUGGUUCUGUAAUCGUCGUCAGAAGGAGAAGAGGAUCUACUGCCCAGUGACCAGUUUACCUGUCAAAUCACACAACUACAACUCCAGAAUGACCUCAGCAUCCAGAUCCUACAGCCCUCUGACUUCAGGUGGUGUUUCCUCAAAUUCGUCUCCAAACAGUUUAAGUCGUGAAGCUUCUCCCAACGGCAUGUCCUCAGUCUCAGGAUCUUUAUCGUCUCAGGUGAACCCAGCUUCCUACGGCACACCAGGCUCCUGGUACCGCUCCUGGAAUCAUGCUGCGUAUCAUCACUGA